GCCGGACUGCAGAGAGAACACCGGAGCCGAGGUGAACAGCCGGAAGAAAAGGAGAGCUCUGGCACUGACCCACUGAACGCAGCGGAGCGGCAGUCACCGGGAACACACCGCUCUUUGAACACAGAGACCGCAGACCACAACCGAAACAGAGACCUUUACGCCGACAACCAAAGAAAAAAAAGAAAAUGGCCAAAGUGUCGAUGACUAUCGCGGCGUUGGGCGUCACGCUGCUCCUGGUGGCCGGGGCGUGGGCCCAGACCCCCAAGAAGAAGAACUUCCCCAAGUCCCAGAAGGGCGCGUGCUGCGAGGAGGUGCGCUCCCUGAAGGUGCAGGUGGCCAACCUGAGCAGCAUCCUGGAGGAGCUGGGCCGCAAGCAGGAGACGGACCUGCUGACCGUGGUGCGGCAGGUCAUGGAGCUGGACAAGCAGAACCGCCAGCAGGAGGCCCGCGUCACCGAGGCCGAGAGCAAGUACUCGGAGAUCAACAACCGCGUGGAGAUCCUGCAGCUGCAGGGAGCCCAGUCCAUCACGCAGACCAGCUCAGAUGUCAUGUAUGACUGCGCUUCCCUGUACGCCAAGAACUACCGGAUCUCCGGAGAGUACAAACUCCCCAAGGACGACUUCCUCCGGACGCCCGAGCUGACAGUGUUCUGCGACAUGGAGACCAACGGGGGUGGCUGGACCGUGAUCCAGAGGCGCCGGGUGGGCCUCACCUCCUUCGACCGCGACUGGAAGCAGUACAAGAAGGGCUUCGGCACGGUGCGCGGGGACUUCUGGCUGGGCAACGAGCACAUCUACCGCCUGACGCAGCAGGCCACCGUGCUGCGCAUCGAGAUGGAGGACUGGGCGGGAGACACUCGCUACGCCGAGUACGGCUCCUUCAGCCUGAGCAACGAGCUCAACAGCUACAAGCUCCUCCUGUCCAACUACAGCGGCAACGCCGGAGACUCGCUGCGCUACCACAACAACACCUACUUCAGCACCAAGGACAAGGACCACGACAAGUGCGUGGACGACUGCGCCGCCCUGCGGAAAGGUGGCUACUGGUACAACUGCUGCACGGACUCCAACCUGAACGGCGUGUACUACCGCAGAGGGGUGCACUCGCCCAGAACAGACGGCAUCAAUUGGUACGGCUGGCACGGGUCUAGCUACUCCAUGAAGAGGGUGGAGAUGAAGAUCCGACCUCACAGCUUUCGCCCGUGAGGGACGAGGGCCAGGGCAGCUGGUGCAGAUGACUGGCAGGCCUUCUCAGAGAUCAAACGAAUACCGGCACACUCUGAACUUGGGGGGG